AUGAAGUUUGCUAAAGUGUUGGGUAUCCGGUCUGUUCCCGUUAAUGGAGGCUCACAAACCAACAAACAGAUCAAUGCCUUAAAGAAUGGAGCCGAGAUUGUUAUUUGUACUCCGGGUAGGAUGAUCGACUUUCUAUGUAAAAAUAAUGGGAGAAUGAUAAACCUUCAUAAGGUUACUUAUCUUGUUUUGGAUGAGGCUGAUAGAAUGUUUGACAUGGGUUUUGAACCUCAAAUAACUCACAUUGUUCAAAGUACACGACCUGGUCGCCAGAUUAUGCUCUUCUCUGCCACAUUUCCGCGUACAGUUGAGCAACUGACACUCCAGAUACUGACUAAGCCUGUCGAGAUACAGGUAGGAGGAAGGAACGUAGUGAACAAGGAUAUAAUCCAGUUGGUUGAGGUGAUACCAGAGAGUGAAUGGUUUCUAAGGUUAUUGGAGCUCCUUGGAAAAUGGUACGAGAAGGAUUUCAGGAAUGAUGUCAGUAAGAUAUUGAUUGCCACAAGCGUUGCUGCUAGGGGAUUAGAUGUGAAGGAGCUUGAACUGGUCAUCAACUUCCAUGUCCCAAACCAAUAUGAAGACUACAUCCAUCGUGUUGGUAGGACAGGUAGAGCCGGAAGGAAAGAAUCAUGA